CUGUAGCUCGAUACUGAUAGUCUCAAAACCAUCGAUAGUAGAGGGUAGCAAAAUAUAAAAUAAAUAAAUAUUUCCAGACGAAACAGCGAAAAUGAUGCAGAUGAAAGAGUAUAAGGAGGUGCCUCAGGAUGUACCCCAGGACGAUACUGUGGUGCGACAGCCCACGUCUGCAGAUGCUGUCAGGAUACCAAGUGGACCUGAGAACUGGAUGUCAAUACCCGUGGGGAUGCCCAAUUGUCCUCAAGGACUCGAGUAUCUGACUGCACUGGAUCAAUUGCUGGUGUCGCAGAAAAUCGAAAAGCUGGAGCUCCUUACCGGCUUUGAGACGAAAAAUCGCUUCAAAAUUAAGAAUUCGCUGGGCCAGAAUGUUUAUUUCGCGUACGAGGAGAGCGAUUGCUGUACCCGAAAUUUGCUGGGCAGAUCGAGACCCUUCGAGAUGAAGAUACUGGACAAUUUCCAGAACGAGGUCCUGCACCUGAACCGUCCGUUCCGCUGCGAUGUGCUUUGCUGCUUCCCCGACUGCUUGAACGCUGUGGAGGUGUCGGCGCCACCGGGACAGGUUAUUGGAACAGUGGAGCAGGUCUGCACAUUCCUACGACCGAAAUUCAACAUCAAGAACUCGUUUGGCGAUACUGUUUUGCACAUCGAGGGCCCCAUCUGCCCCUGCAAAUGUUUCAGUGAUACCAAUUUCAAGGUAUUGAGCGCCAAUAACGAGGAGAUCGGCAAGAUAAGCAAACAGUGGUCGGGCCUGGGCAGAGAGCUGUUCACCGAUGCGGACUACUUUAGCGUCACGUUCCCCCUGAAUCUGGAUGUCCGGAUGAAGGCCCUCAUAUUCGCAGCACUCUUUUUGAUUGAUGUGGUCUACUACGAGCAAUAAGCCUGAUGCUUCGAUUAUCACACACACACGCACACACACCCGCACACAUUAUAUUUGCCGACUGCUUAGUGGUUAGACGUGUUGCAUCGUCAUAGCAUUUAGGGUUUUUUUAUUUACACUACUUAAUCGCAAACCAACUGAAUUUUCUGGGAAUGUGAACAGUGCAACUCUUUGAUCAACUUGGAAUCUCCCCCGUGAAUCAACACCGGAAGUGAUUGGAAUCUCCCCUCCUCUGGAAUGGAAUAUGUAUAUUUUCGCGCACAAUGUUUAAUUGAAAUGCCGAUGACAUUGGCAUUUAAAACGCACAAAAUCUGUAGCACAAAAACAAACAACACACGAACAAAAACGAGAACGAGUGCCUUAUGACGUCCUAGUUGUUCCCCUCCAUGGUUGCCCCUAUUUAUAUAUAACUCGACAUGGCUUUGUUCUAACCAAAGGUCGGAUCGGAGCAAAGCAGGAAUACUUAAUAACAGAAACAAUUGCGUACCUAACUAAAUGGUUAAUCUACUUGUAAUCUGACACACAACACGAAUAUUAACGAAUAUUUUUAUAUGAAUCUAAUGGAAAAUUGAAUUGUUAA